GCAUGCGCUCCCUCUUUCUUAUCAAACAUUCUCGUUAAACUUGCACAAUGGCCGGAUAGAUUCGACACAAAUUGGAAAUUUAGCAUCGAAAAAAUAUGCUUAUCCAAUUUGAGGCUUUCUAACUAUUGUGUCAAAAUGUGUAGAUAAAUCGCUGAUAAGGUUGGAUUGAGGGUUUUUGACCUGAGAUGGGAGGACAUUUGUCUAGAAAACAGUAACUCAAAAAUAGGGAAGUAGAGGAUGCACCAGGAUGGCACAGAUAAAUCUGAAAUACAGCAGCCUGGAGUUGACAUUCUAACUGGCAUUCCAAUCACUGCCCAAGCAUUAUGUCGACAGUUAAUUCAAGGAUCACCAGCCAACACAGCUCCAGGCACACCUGUCUAUGGUCUGACUUCAGGGAUCCCAUCGACUGUGCCUCGGACAGUUAAACAAGAGUUACCAAGUAGACAGUCAGGAGGUGGUACCGUACAUCAUCAUGGUCCUAUACCACCACGGACAGGGUCAGGACCCUCGCAUACCAACCUUACAAAUAAAAUGUCUAAUCAACAAAAAUCCAGCACUGGAGGACAUUCUUCAUCUGCCUUUGCUGCUGCUAAUAAACUUUUGAUGGAGACUAAAUCUCACAGUGGACUAAGUUCCACAUUCCCUAACCUAACAGCUCUAGCUAAUCAGAGCUCGACCGGUCCCUCGCCAAAGAAAAAAAUAAAAGUGGAAGAGAAACCUCCACCAACGUCUGAAAUAGCUAAUUACAGGAAACUUGUUCAUGAUAACAAAAUUAAAGAAAUGUUAGAAAUCAAAGAGAAUUAUAUUGAAAAUUUGUCUGAACUGUUUUUCCUGCAAAAUGGGGGCAACAUGAUGGAUUAUUUUGUAUGGACGAAAAGACCAACACCACAAUUAGUCAAUUUCUUGAAAUCUUCAAACAUUGAUAGUGAUGAUGAAGAAGAUCAUGGUUUAGAAAGGAAAAUUAAUAAUGAGGUGAAGGUUUUAACAUGCAGUGGAAGUAAUGUUCCUAUUGCCACUCCAGUGGCAAUAUCAACCACACUACCACCAUCUGUGGCAGCUCUCAACCAGCAGGAGAUGGCACAGUCAGCCAUGUCUCCUCCACUAACAGUUUCCAGUUCUUUGACGACAAUUGUAACACCAGCUGUGACCAUGCCACAACUACAGAGUCAGCUGACAAAGACCGUUACAGAUAUCAAACCACUCAGUGUUAUCACUUCUAUAAUAACAAAGUCUGCAAGUUCACCUGCAUUAUCCACUAUGGUGAAAAGCCACAAGUCACCACCAGUUUCUCCACUGACCACUACUCCUAGACCAUCACAGAUAUCCUCUGUAUAUGAUGUAGGCUCACAAGAGGCUAUUGUAGAGAGAGCUAAACAGGAGGCUCAAGUAAUGCAGAGAGUUGCAGAAUUAAGAAAAGAUGGAUUGUGGUCCUCAAGAAGGUUACCAAAAGUUCAUGAACCUCCAAGGUGUAAAGGUCAUUGGGAUUACCUACUGGAAGAAAUGCAGUGGUUAGCUGCAGAUUUCCAGCAAGAGAGGAAAUGGAAAAAAGUGGCAGCUAGAAAGAUUGCUAAAAUGGUAACCAAACAUUUCCUAGAGAUGGAGCAGAGAGAACAAAAAGCAGAGGAAGAAGAAGGAAAGAAAUUAAAGAAAAUAGCCAGUCAGAUUGCUAAAUGUGUUAAAGAAUUUUGGUCCAACAUUGAAAAGGUUGUGCAAUAUAAACAACAGAGUCGCUUGGAAGAAAAAAGAAAGAAAGCUUUAGAUAUCCACUUAAACUUCAUAGUGGAUCAAACAGAAAAAUAUUCCACCUGGCUGACUGAAGGAUUGAAACAAGGCAGUUCAGUGGGCUCAACAGCAGGCUCUGUGGGCUCUCUUAGUGAAGCAGGAGAUGAUGAGUUUAAACCAGAGGUUGAAGAAUCAGAUGAUGAAGAAACAAUAGAGAAAGAAGAAGAAGAAAUGGAUGAGUCAUCAACAAAAGAUGAGCUUGAAGCAUUACAGAAAGAAAGUGAAGUACCCUUAGAAGAUCUGUUAAAAACUUUGCCAUCAGACAUUUUGGAAAAACCAGCAAGUUUACCUGAUGAAGAUGAGUUGGAUGAGCCUGAGCAGGAUGAUGGUAAAGAUGAAGAGUUUACAGGAAAGGAAGAAGAUGAGGCAGACAAGGAAGAAACAAUAGCUGAACAAGAGAAACAUGAGAAAAAAACAGACUAUAGUAAUGAAUUAAAAGAUCUAGAGGAUGAGGGUGAUUUACCUAUGGACGAGUUGUAUAAGAAGUAUGCUGCUGCUUAUGAUAGCGACUUUGAGUAUGAUGAACCAAGUGAUGAGGAAGGAGAUGAUGAAACGGACGAAGAGGAAGAGGAGGAAUCUGAAGAAGAAGAGGAAGAGGAGGAGGAGGAAGAAGUUGAUGUAGAAGAGGAUGUUGGUUUAGAAUCAUUGAUGGAACAAGAUCAAGAACCAGUCAAGGAAGAAUUUGACCCAACUGGACCAGGCAAAGAGCUGACAGAUAUUGCUGCUGAAGCUGCCAGUCUACAACCUAAAGGCUACACAUUAGACUCCACCAGUGUGAAGACAACCAUUCCAUUCCUGUUGAAACACACUAUGAGAGAGUAUCAACAUGUAGGACUGGACUGGUUAGCUACUAUGUACGAGAAAAGGCUUAAUGGUAUUCUGGCUGAUGAAAUGGGUCUGGGCAAGACAAUCCAAACAAUAGCACUUCUGGCUCAUCUGGCAUGUGAAAAAGUGAUUUGGGGACCUCAUUUGAUUGUUGUACCAACAAGUGUUAUGUUAAAUUGGGAACUUGAAUUGAAGAAAUGGUGUCCAGCAUUUAAGAUCUUGACUUACUAUGGAACACAGAAAGAAAGAAAAUUGAAGAGACAGGGUUGGACCAAAACCAAUGCAUUCCAUGUUUGUAUAACGUCUUACAAAUUGGUCAUUCAAGAUCACCAGGCUUUCAGAAGGAAGAAAUGGAAAUAUCUUAUUUUAGAUGAGGCUCAGAACAUCAAGAAUUUUAAAUCUCAAAGAUGGCAGAUGUUGUUAAACUUCUCAAGUCAGCGGAGACUUCUCCUUACUGGUACCCCUCUACAGAACAGUUUGAUGGAGUUGUGGUCCUUGAUGCAUUUCCUUAUGCCCCAUGUGUUCCAGUCACACAAAGAAUUCAAGGAAUGGUUUGCUAAUCCGUUAACUGGUAUGAUAGAAGGCAGUCAUGAAUACAAUGAAAGUCUCAUCAGAAGGCUACAUAAGGUAUUGAGACCAUUCUUAUUGAGGAGAUUAAAAUGUGAUGUUGAAAAACAGAUGCCUAAGAAAUUUGAACAUGUUGUAAUGUGUCACUUGUCCAAAAGACAAAGAUAUCUUUAUGAAGAUUUCAUGUCUCAAGGAGCAACAAGAGAAACUUUACAAUCAGGACAUUUUAUGUCUGUCAUCAAUGUACUGAUGCAGUUGAGAAAAGUCUGUAAUCAUCCAAGUUUGUUUGAUCCACGACCAAUUAUUUCACCAUUCCAGGCCGAGGGCAUAUGUUAUCGCACAUCUUCAUGUGUCCUGAACGUUUUAGAAUAUGAUCCAUUGAGGGAUAUAGACUUGUACAGUUUAUACCCCAGUUUAGCUGACAUGGAGAUAAAUCUACCAGCAUUUGUUGCUCAUCGGGUAAGGGGACUGCAAACAAGUAGAAAGUUGAUAGAAGAAAUAGAUGAUGUGGAGGAAUGUGAACAACGACCAGUCCCAGGAAAACUUCAGCCUACCUCAUUUCCAAGCGUCUUCCAACAGUGUGGAAGGUCUUCACCAGCAAUUACAAGUACUGUAAUGUCCAAUGGUGGUUACCCUGCCUCCUCUGUUCCUGUGAUGACACCAACGGUCACUACAGUAUCAACACCAGGAAUGGUCACAGUGGCUUCCAGUAUGCCAGUCACAAGUGUGGUACAGACCAACAAACUACAGACAAAAGUGGUUCCUCAGUCUGCUGGACAGACACCUGUUUCCACUCAGCCAAUCACAGUACAGAUACAACAGACUGACCAAGGAGCAAGACUGAUGAUACCUGCUGGACAGUUGUCUCAGUUACCAGCUGGGUUUAUACAGAUAGUACAGACUUCCUUGGGACAACAGAUGAUUGCUACAUCUGCAGUCAGUUCAGUAGCCACUACAGCUUCUGCAGUAGUAAAUGGGCAUCAGACCAUAACCACUACAGCAAGUUCUUCUGUAACAGCAACUACGAUGGCAACAAUGGUCAGACCAUCUGUACAACUGCCUAUAUCUACUAUGGGUAACCAGAAGCCGAUGAUGAGAGUCAGUCCUCUGACAUCUGAAUCACAAGCAUCAUCGUCCAUUAUAAAUGUGACAGAUUUAUCAGGGAAUGUAAAGUUACCUGGUACACCCUUGCAGAACAAAUCAGCUGUGAAGAAAAGGGUCAGGAAAGAGAUCAAGAAAUCCGAGUUCUAUUGUAAUUCAUUGGAAGAAAAGAAAAUGAGAGAAAGAGAACAAAAGUUAGAUUUUAUUGCUAAUACAAAUGAGAAACAUUGUUCGCGUGUGCCUGUUUAUGGACAAGACUUGUGUCACACUGUUGACGUGUUCAGAGAUAUGAAUAGGACGUGUGUAAAAGACAAUACAUGGAAAGGUUUAGGCAUGGUAUACUGUCGUAAUGUCCAUACCUGGCCUAAUGUUAAUCAUCCUAGUUAUUACUGGAAACAAACCAAAGUGCUUUCAAAUCUUAUAAAUACUCCAGAACAAUUCCUACACAAAAUGGAGGAUAUCCUGCUAAGGUACACAUUCAUCACUCCUCCUUGUACAGCUCCCAGGAUACAGAUGCAUGUGUCUCAUCCGCCUCCUCAAUAUCUGGUGGAACAAAGGAGACGGGAGACACUACUGCAGAGUCAACUGUCUCCUAAAGCAACUUGUCUUCAUCCUAUAUCAACCAGACUUCUGGUACAGUUCCCAGAAAAACGUUUGAUACAGUAUGAUUGUGGAAAACUUCAAGUGCUGGAUAUUUUAUUACAUAGACUUAAAACAGAAGGACAUAGAGUAUUAAUAUUCACACAGAUGACAAAAAUGUUGAACAUUUUAGAGGCAUUCCUUAACUACCAUGGACACAUAUAUUUACGUCUUGACGGAACUACUAAGGUUGAACAAAGACAAUUCCUAAUGGACAGAUUCAAUGCGGAUAGGAGGAUAUUUGUGUUUAUUUUAUCCACACGAUCAGGUGGUAUAGGUGUGAAUUUGACAGGUGCUGAUACUGUGAUAUUUUAUGAUAGUGAUUGGAAUCCAACUAUGGACGCUCAAGCUCAGGAUCGAUGUCAUAGGAUUGGGCAGACUAGAGAUGUUCAUAUCUAUAGACUUGUGAGUGAGAGAACUGUAGAAGAGAACAUCUUGAAGAAAGCCAACCAGAAAAGAAUGUUGGGUGAUAUGGCUAUCGAAGGAGGAAACUUUACUACAACAUUCUUCAAAGAGCAAACAAUCAAAGACUUGUUUUCUGAGCCAUCAGGUUUAGAUUCCUUGGUGAAGGAGAAGGAAGACAGAAAAGAAAAAGAAGAUGCUGUCCCUGUCCCACCUGAAGCUGUUGAUCUGAAAAUGAAAUCUAUGAAAGAAGUAGCUGGAGGUGAUGAUAAACCAGUCACUUCAGAUACAGCUGUUAUCACUCAGUUUGAAAAGGCACUGGCCAAGACAGAAGAUGAUACUGAUGCUGUAGCUGUUGAUCAAGUAAAAGCUGAACAAAAAGCAGAACUGGCAGAAUUUGAUGAAAAUAUCCCCUGGGAUGAAAGAGAGGCUGAAAGAAAAAGGGAAGAAGAUGAAUCCAAAGUGGAAAUGGAAUUAGCUAUGUUGGAAAAGGAGCUAACACCAGUGGAGAGAUAUGCAGUUAUCUUCAUGGAAGAUGAGAUGGAUCCCUUGGCUGAAGAACUACAGAUUGCAGAGGAGGAUAUACAAAAUGCCAAAAAAGAUUGGGAGCUUGGUCGAUUGAAGGCUUUAAAGGAAGAAGAAGAAAGACGUUUAGAGGUUGAAGAGGAUGAGAUGCUGUUUACAUACACCAGGGAGGACGCGUUUAACCAGGUGAAGAAAUCGGCCAAGAAAGCUAAAUCUGCUAAGGCCAAGACACCGGCACGUGAUCGUACCCCUUCAGCUAGGAAACGUCCUAUUAAGAAAAAGGAUGAGAAUUAUGUCAUAGAUGAGGAUAAAAGGAGAUCAGAUCAAGGGCUUUCUGAUCCUAUUUUCCGUACUCCCAAGUUGGGUGUAGGGAGACCUCCCAAAAACAAAACGCCUAAAAUAACCCCAAAUAAACAAACUCCAAAAUCUGCCAAAGGUAGAAAAUCAGUAGACAAAGUAGAUGUAGAAAUUAUUGAUGUAAAUGAUACACCAAAACAAUUGAAAUCAAAGAGGCAACGCCCACCAAAAACUACACCUAAAAUGACAGAAGAAGAAAAAGCUCAAACGUCCAAACUAGUCUCAAAAAUACUAGCUCAGGCCAACCAAAAAGUACCAGCAGCAUGCACACCACCUCCAAAUAUAACAUCAUUGCAGCAAGAACAAACUACAUAUUCACAACAGCUUCUUGCUCAGAGUCAAAAGGCAGACUUAUCAAGAGCACAGCUGGUGUCAGCCAUGCAGAAAAUGCAGGCAGCAAACAUGUCGUCAAAACCUUCAAUGCAUCAACCACAACUUCUUACACCAUCACAACUACAACACCUGAAACAAAUCAUCUCCAGUGCUAGUCGUAACAUAACACCUGGUCAACCUCUGCCUCAACAGAUCCAGGGUCAGCAAUACAUCACACAAUCACCAGUCAAAUCCUCUCAAGGAGCUCCAGUCCAGCAGUUGUUCUUACAAACCUCGCCAAAUCAACCAGGUCAAUAUGUCAUUUCUCAAGGUCAAAACAUGGUUCCACAGUUAAUCACGCAACAUCUUCCACAGAUACAACAAAUUCAGGGUGCUCAGACAGUUGUCACUCCAUCUUUUGUUCAGGUUCAGGGGCGAGGUGGCAUGGUUGGUACACCGACUUUGUAUCAGGUUCAGGGUUCACAGCCUGGUGCUGCACCAUCUCUGGUACAAAUACAACAACCACAAAACAUUCCAGCUUUUCUACAGGUUCAGAAUUCGUCAGCACCAGGUUCUGCUCCUCAGAUGAUUCAGGUUCAAGGUUCACAGCAGGCCUCUAGAAUGAUUCAGGCAACAUCAAAAAUCACACCACCUACUACACAAGUUGUUCACUUUCAGACAUCACCGUCUGCACUUCUUGCUCAGAUUCAGGCUUCUAGAGUUCACAGCAUUCAACAAGGUCAGAGAAAUCCAAAUUGUCAGUCUGUUUUAUCAUCAGUACAAAAAACACACCCUACCAUUGUGCAAGCACCUCAAGGUACACAGCUUGUCAUACCACCUUCAAAACAGACACCAUUAAAAAGUACACAAUUCCCUGCAUAUUCACAGUCCAACACAGUUCUAUCACAAGUUCAAAUGGGCACCACACCUUCCAUAAUCAAUGUACAAAACAUGCCACAACAAUCCAUGAAAUCAGCCACAAAUAAACCUACCCAGUAUGCAACAGUUCAGGAUAUUCAGUUGGUUGUAACAAACGCAUCUGGUAUUCCCAAGGUUGUCAGUGCACAAAGGUCAUCUCCAGCAAUACAACAAGCUAGACCACAAACUGUACAAGUUCAUGCAUCACAAGCAUCAUUAACAGGUGGCACAGUACAACAAAUUAAACCAGUGCCACAGCAAGUCAUUACACAAAACAGUGCAGGUCAACCUGUCUUGUCAUUCAUUAGAAUGGCAGGCAAUCAAAACACACAACAAGUACAAGUAAACCCUAGCAUUAGCUCUGCUCCUCGGCCUGCAGCUGGCCAGCAAGGUGUGGUCUAUUUACAAUUGGCAGGUGGCAAAGCUAUACCUGUUUCGUUAGCUAGCUCUCAAAUGACCAUGCCUGUUGUGAAAGCUGAGAGAGCCAGGAGUACUGCUGUACCUAAAGUACGAAAUGUAAUGCCAACACUUGUUGUCACACAGGGAGGAAUACAAAUGGCUAAUGGUCCUGUAACCACUAGCAGGAUCAACUCCCCUGUUUCACGAUUUCAAGUGGCUGGUAAUGUUGGACAGGUACAGAGAGUUACCAGGCCACCGCUAGUGGCAAGUGCUCGUCCUGCUAUAGCUACAGUUAGCAUGGCUGCUAGGCAGCAAUCCCCUGCUUCAACUGUCCCUCCUCCGUGGAACAAUCCUAAUCUAGUCAUUCGGACCAGGAGGGCAGCUGUACAGGAGGUAGUUAACAAAGCAGGGCUAGAAAAUGGGGAAAUACCCCUCAUUCAAAAUCAAAGUAUUGUUAAACCAGAGACAAUUCAUAUACCUAGUGCUAAUGUAGAUAGUAAAAAUGGUUGUGUUGAAGAUCAUGGUUAUGAAGUCUUUAAAUCUGAUGUUGAUCAAGAAAAAAUGACAAUGUGGACCCCUCCCACCCCACCACAUGAUGAUAAUGACAUCUAUAUUGACCAAUCAAUGUGCUUCCUGUAUGAACACAGUACUAUGCCAGAGACGCAACUACCACCCAUCUACAUCAAGAAGGAACACAAGAAACCCAAGAUUGAAUCCAUCACAACAAGAAAACAGAAACAAAGAAAAGAAGAACAACCAAGAGUCCCACGAUCAUUGUUUGACAGACCUACAUCUGCUCUUCUCAAGUUACGUAGAGAGGCCAAACUUAAACAAGGCUUAUUGAAACCCUUCCGUCCAGUUCCACAGAUGAUUAACAAACCACCAGAUCCCACACCUGAUCAUCCAGAAUGGCUCAUACAUGAGGACUGGGCAUUGCUACAGGCUGUGCAGACGAUAUUUGAUGUUCCAUUAAAUCUAAUGGUUGUUUCCCCUGCUCACUUACCAAACUGGGACUUAGUGGCAGAUAUUGUCAAUAGUUUAAGUCGAUUGUAUCGCUCAGCCAAGCAGUGUAAAAAUAGAUAUGAAAAUGUAAUCAUACCGAGGGAGGAAGGCAGAAUAUUGUAUGAUAUCAACCCUAAAAAACAGAGCAAGAAAACUAAAGGAAUUUAUAAGACAAAGAACAACCGUCCAAUGAGAACAAGUCAGUUAUUUGUUCAAGAUAACCAGAAUGCUAUCAGUAUGUUAUACAGUCUGAGGUUUGACGGAGUCAAGGGUAUAGCCACUAAACGUCCACCUCCACUCAAACAGACUCUGGUUAAUCCUACAUUGAAGAAUCCAAAGCAUGCUUCUGUCCUGUCGGAGAAUGAAAUCAACUACGAACAACCACUGACACCAAUGCAGGUGGCUGAGAUCAGGGCACAGAGAAUACAAAGAGAAAAGAAACAGAACCAAGCUGCUGCCGCUGCUUCUGCCGAACAACAGCUUCAGAAAUCUCAAGCACAAACUACCCAGGCUACCCCUACACCUGCCACACCUUCCCAAGGAACCACAGCUGUCGUGGUGGCACAAAGUAUAGCUGGAGCAGUCACUAGUCAACAGUUACAACAGAUUUACACUACUGUCACAACAGCUGGUCUCCAGACGGCCACAUUAGCCAAGACAGCAGUAGGACAGGCAGUGACGGCUGUGUCCUUACCUCGUGCUGCCAGUAACAUUGUAGUUAAUACACCACCAGGAGUGGCAUCUAACUUUGCUGCUAUCAAUAGAAGGAUGAGUCAGGCCAGUGCAGGACAGCCUGCUACUGUGGCUGUAUCAAAUAUGUUGACAUCAGCCAUUCGAGCUCAGCGUCCAGCAGCUCCUCAAACCAUACAGGAGAUUACCUCUGUAAGUCAGGGUGCCACAGGACAGAUAGCUCAGAUCACUACAGCUAGGACACAAGUCUCUACAGUAACCACAUUGACACCAGCUCAGUUAGCAGUGGCAGCAGCCCAACAACGAAUACCUGGUAUCACAACUAUUGCUGGAAAUACUGUGGUAGGACAACAACUGACAGUAGCUGCUGGUAAAACAUUGACACCACAACAACAAUUAAUGCAACAGAGACAUCUGAUUGGUCACCAGGCUAUACAACAACAACAACAACUCAGGAUGCAGAAACUUAAUAUUACACAACAGCAAUUACGACAGAUUCAACAGAGUGCUCGUCCAGGGAUUCCCCAGAAAACAGUUAUAGCUCAACAGCUGGUCACCAGUGUGGCUCAGGUUCCACGGAUGAAGAGACAACUGACACAGGAUGAGUUAAAUCGUCUGAAACAACAACAGCAGCUUAUCCAGAAACAGGGACAAUUACAAUUGCCAGCUACACAGAUAAUAGCCCAGGGUCAGGUGCAGCAAGUUGGUCAGCCUGUUUCAGUGGCUGGAACUUCUGCCCACUUAGUGAAGACCGUGUCCACACCAGUACCGCUACAACUACCCACCAGUACAGCUGUCAGUAUAAACGUUACAGUUCCUGCUCAAAAGACAAAUAUAGCUACCAAAGCAACAAUCAGUCAGCUUCAGAAGGGACAGUUACCUCCAAUGCAAUUACUUAGAAAAGCACAGCCCAUUCCUGGACAACAGAAAAUCACUUCCAUUACCCAGCAAAUGGGGAAGACUCAGAUACCUCUCAAUACAGUUCAGAUCAUACCUCAACCUCAAAGUGCCUCUGGUCGACCUCUAACCUACCAGCUGCAGCAAAUCAUGAGUACAAACAAACCUCAUCAGGGGUCAAUGAUAAUAACGUCUCAGCCGACAAUCAUUGCCACAGUUACUCAGAGUCAGCCCUCAGGACAGAUUGUUACUAAAGUCCUCACCUCAUCCCAAGGUACCAUACCAACUUCACAGAUACACACCAUUUCCGUGGCAUCACCUGCAAUUAGUCAGGUGUCAGUGGCUGCCAGUGCACCAACACAGAUACCUGUAGCAACAAUUAGCAUGGCUCACCCCUCUCAACAGGUUGCCAAGUCUGUCACAGUGGCAACAGUCAGUAAUGUUAGCGGCAACACUGUUCAAGUUCAUCCAGUGGCAACUCAUCAGGCUAGGAUGGCCACUUUAUCACAGGCUUCAAUAGUGGCACAUCCUAUUCAACAGAUUCAAGUGACUCCUAGUGGCUCAUCAGUACAGCAGCCAGCCACAAUUCACGUUCAUUCCACAUCUCAGCCGUCAACGGGCACAGUAGUGCCUCAUACAUCAUCACCAUUGACAUUGACUGUUACCCCAGCUAAUCAAACACCACCCCCUAAUGUAACAUUAAUUCAGCAACAGGUACCAGUUUCACAAACAACAGUACAGACUGGUACCGUCACUUCACAGGCAGCUCUAGCAGCAGCUGCAGCACUACCCCCACAGUCACCAGUAGGUCCAGGAAUUGUUACCACAGUGGUACAGACUCCACAAGGUGGGCAACAGUCUUUAAAACCUUCACCCUAUGCCAUGAGGACUAGGAAUCAACCAAAACAUCAAUAGUUAUUGACAUACUCAAAAUGAUUCAUUUGAUAUUUUAUUGAUUGAUGACUAGAAAUCAUAGUUUCUAUAUACUUUAAAUAGGGACAAGACCAAUAAGAUGUGACGUAAAAAUCUACCAGUGUUAGUAAACAAAAUGAGGGCAGCAAUGACAUGAAACCUUCAGUGAAAGGACUAAUACUGAAACAAACAAAAAAGUUAGUGAAUACAAAACAUUGAGAGUUCAUAUUCUAUUGAUUAUUUCUUGUAUUAUUUAUUUGGUUUGUAUAAGAAUGAGUCUAUGACCAUGUGUAGAAUUUACUGAAACAAACAUCCUCAAUAUGCAUGAAAUAUUUGCCACUGGAUGUUAAGAAAGCAAGUAAUGGGAACAUUGUUUUCUAUAUUUAUUUUUGAAAGGAAUUUUUUCAAUGACAAAAUGGGCUAGCUAUCACUCUGUCUAAUACAUGUAUAAUUGGCCAUAGGAUAAAACAUUUCUAUUAACAGUUAUAUGUAUUGUUGUAAAGAGUGAGUUUCUUUGUAAACAAAGUAACUUUGAAUUUUAUUAUUUAAUAGUUAUUGACAUUAGAAUGAGUUAAAAGUAAAACACAAUAGAUUAGAAGUAAAUGCAUGGUAUAUUUGUAUGUUUAUAGAAUGUAUUACAUAGACUUUAGUGAGUGUUAAUUAUUACAUUUGUUUGAUGUGGUCUUGGAGUUCUAGAUUUUGUACUGUGUAUGUAUGUGACCAUUUUAAUGCCAGGAUAUUAGUACAAUAUGCUACAUUUCAAUGACAUUUUCAUUUGCUAGCAAACUCCUGUGGCAUUUUAUUUCCUUGUUUAGUAUAGUCUGAAAACUUAUUUAAAUCUGAUGUAUAAUUUAUCUUAUUUAAUGAAUUUGUAUAGGUUAAUCAUGUUAAUAUUAUGACACACAAGUUUUCAUCAAACUUUAUAAAAAUGAUACAGAAAAUGUUCAUUAGACCGUGAUAAUUUUCCUGUUAUUUAUGAUAUGACAAGAAUGAUGCCUACUACAAAAUUUACAAGGUUCCAAGCUGGUAAUCGUUUUGCUUUGAAAUCCAGUAAAGCAGGAUUUUUGUAGUUUUUUUUUAUAUUUUUCUUGUUAGUGAGCUUGGGAACUUAAACAGUACACCAAAUUCGAUAGAUAAUCUUUUCAAAAUAUUCAGUUUGUUUUAUUGUAAAAUUUCAUUGUUGAUGAAAUGCUCUCAUUUAAAUUUUUAAUCAUAUUUGACUGUAAAAUGUGAAGAUACAUUAACUUUUAAAAGUACUUCAUUAAAUGAUGAUACUUUACUUUCCUUUUUGAUUUAUGAUAAAUCAGAUUGUCAUGACUGCAGAAUUAUUAUGUGUUGAGAUAUAUAUGUA